CGUGACUGGAGUCUUUGCUUUAUUUGCAGUCUCAGGUUCCUGGAGUAGAAGACUUGCGGCUUUGUUUGAUUUCUGCCUUAUCAGAUCUGACUGUUUCAUCCGAAUAUGAAGUGUCCUAAGUGGAAGAGUAGAUUUGGAGUUGCGUCUGUUCUUAGUAUCAUAAUCAUCAUGUCUUGUCCAGUAACCCAGGCAGCUAAUAUAUUGGUUGUGCCUGCUGAUGCAAGUCAUUGGAUCAAUAUGAAAAUUCUGAUGGAAGAACUGAAAAAUCAUGGGCACAACCUCACUGUGCUUUAUUUCUCAACAUCUUGGUUUAUCAAUGCGAGGCCUGAUUUAUAUCAAUCCAUUGUCUUGCAACUUCAGCAAAACCAUAAAGCUACAAGUGAAGAUAUUUUACAAACCUUUGUACAAAGGUCGUUAGAUGUUUUGCAGAAUAGUUCAACGCCAUGGAGUUUUCUCAAGUCUCGGUACAAACUAAUGUCUUUUUUACACAGCUGUCAUAGUUAUUUUCAACAGCUUAGCAGCACAACAUUUGAAAACAAAAGUUUGUUAGAACAGUUUGAAAAUGAACACUUUAAUUUAGUACUUGCAGAUCCUGUUUUUCCCUUAGGUUCAAUGCUUGCUUAUUAUUUAAAACUCCCUUUGGUGCAUAAUGCACGUUGGCUCAUCAGUGGAGAAGCUCAUUUUCUCUUCGCCCCUUCUCCAUUAUCUUAUAUCCCAGUGCCAGAUUCACGAUUGACGGACAAAAUGAAUUUUUUCCAAAGAACAAAAAAUGUCAUCUUAAGUCUUUUUCAUCUAUCUGUAACAAAAUUCCUGACUCACCCCACAUAUAAUGAUCUCUGCCAUCACUACCUAGGCCCAGACAUAGACAUUGACACUGUUCUCCUAAGGGCAGAUGUGUGGCUAAUGAGAGUAGAUUUUAUAUUUGAUUUCCCGAGACCCACCAUGCCAAAUAUUAUUUAUAUUGGAGGAUUCCAGUGUAAACCAUCUAAAUCUCUAGAGGCAGAGCUUGAAGAGUUUGUCCAGUCCUCAGGGGAACAUGGGAUUAUUGUCAUGUCUUUGGGGUCCAUGGUCAGUUCUUUAUCAAUGCAUAUUACAAUGCAAAUAGCAGAAGCCCUUGCUCAAGUACCUCAGAAGGUUAUCUGGAAACACAAUGGAGAGACCCCUCCCAACAUAGGAAAUAAUACACUACUGGCAAAAUGGAUCCCUCAGAAUGAUCUACUAGGGCACCCAAAGACACGAGCCUUCAUUGCUCAUGGUGGCACCAAUGGGCUUUAUGAAGCCAUCUAUCAUGGGGUGCCAGUAGUUGGCAUACCUCUAUUUUAUGACCAGUUUGAUAAUUUACUCAGACUUGAAAUUCGAGGUGCAGCAAGGGUGAUUGAUAUUUCCACCAUGCAGUCAACAGAUCUAUUGCAGGCACUUAAUGAUAUUAUACAUAACACAUCUUAUUGGGAGAACAUGCAGAAACUCUCAGCUCUCCACAGAGGCCAGCCAGAGACUCCAAUGGAGAGAGCUAUUUUCUGGAUUGAGUACGUAGCCCGACACAAAGGGGCGCCACAUUUGCGCCCAGAGUCUUAUAGACUCCCUUGGUAUGUUUACUAUUGUGUAGAUGUGGUGAUCUUCCUAUUGUUACUGUUCCUCAUGCUUCCAACAUUGGCAGUUGUACUGAUAAAGAAAUUGUGUAACAUUGCUUGGCAAGAGAAACAAAAAAUUCUGUGAUUAUGCUUUUGAAGUGAGAGAGGAGGACUUAGACAGUUCACCCAACAGCAUACUGCAUACACUGUCUGAUAUGAUUUGUCAAUCUUUGAAAUUAUAUAUGAGCAUCACAAUGGCAUUGAUGUACAUACUCUACAUGAUUCAUUUGUGUGUUGGGCAGAAUGUGUUUCUAGCUGGAUUUGUUGCGAACACCACUCAUGUUGUUCCUGCAUAGUCUUAUACCUAUGCUAAUGGAAUGAUGAUGAUUCACUCAGAGGUAUUCAUUAACUUUGUGUGUUAGAUUAUUUAAAAUAAUGAAACCCUUUAUAAGUUAUGAAGCAGGCAUUUCAGAAACCAAUUGAUUUCUGACUGUAUAGUUUGCUGACAAAUGGCAGGCAGAGACACAACAUUAUAUGCACACAGCAACUGGAGUUCUUAAGGACAAACUUGCUUAAUGGCAAGAUUUGCAUACAGUAUACAGUAGCAGCUUCAAAUAUCUAGUUUCACAUAUUGCUCAAAGUAUUGAGAUGCUUUACUCUUCCAGGGUAACGAGUGAUGCAUGAUCACAAGUGGCAGCCUUCGGCCUGGUUCACAGAUUUGUGUGACACACAUUGAGUCAUGAUCAUAUAAUAUUAAGUGUUCCUUCCCCUUACAUUGUAUCUCUUGCAAAAGUCUGGAUAAGUGCAAGAUGAAAAUGUAUUUUCUUUAACAAAACACAAAUGAAUUUGUCAAAGAAGAGCUGAAAUUCAGCUGACACCUGAGAACAGUUCAUUACUGUAUAAAGUUCCAAUCCGAUCUAUUCUAAAUGUGGUGAUUGGAACCUCGUUUAUGGUGUAUGCAGAUAAUUACAUCAGGCUCCGAAAAAGAAUCAAAUCAAAAUCGAAGCGUUAACUCAGUUUCUAUCUUCAUAAAUGCAGCCAGACCUGCUGAAUUUCUCUUGCACUUUGUGUUUUCGAUUUAAAAUUUCCAGCAGUUGCAGUAUUUUGCUUCUACAUCCGGGUUCUGGCUGAUUGUAAUGCAGGGGCAUUCCAGAAAGUUAUGAUAAACAUUUGAUAACUGAGCUAUGAAAGCAAGAUAAUCUACUCUCUGCAUCUGUUUUCCAUCAGUGCCUGAUGAAAUGAAGGAGUCUGUUUGUUGAAUGAGAUAACCGUGUACUCGCACUGACUGAAUGAGUUUUACAAUGGGCAAAAGAGAGGACUGUAGAUGCUGGAAAUCAGAGACUGGAUUAGAGUGAUGCUGGAAAAGCACAGCAGGUCAGGCAGCAUCUG